UUACAUCGUUCACAGCCUUCUGUGGACGCUGAACAAAGAGACACUCGUCUCGUCGGGCACUUCAUCGACCAUCGUUCAUUCUUUCUUCCGCCAUUUUGUAAGAAGAAUAGUCGGUUUCUUUCGCGUCCUUAUAGCUUCGAAAUGGGUGCUACCGAUGAUGGAAAGCACGAGCCUGAGCAACUCAGAAAGUUGUUCAUUGGUGGACUGGACUACAGGACCACUGACGACUCACUCAAGGCAUUCUUUGAGCAAUGGGGCGAGAUUGUGGACGUCGUCGUUAUGAAGGAUCCUCACACCAAGAGGUCGCGAGGAUUCGGCUUCAUCACCUACGCCAAGUCGCAGAUGGUGGAUGAUGCUAUGAAGAACAGGCCACAUAAGGUUGAUGGAAGAGAAGUUGAGUCUAAGAGAGCUGUGCCUCGUGAUGAGAUUGGAAGGCCAGAAGCCGGAUUAACGGUGAAGAAAAUGUUUGUUGGUGGCUUGAAAGAGCAAGAAGAGUCUGACCUGAGGGACUACUUCAGUCAAUUUGGCAACAUUGUGAAUGUGAAUAUUGUGGUGAACAAGGAGACGAAUACUAAGCGCGGUUUUGCAUUCAUCGAGUUUGACGAUCACGACGCUGUCGACAAGGCUGUUUUGAAGAAACAUCACAACGUGGGCGGCAAGUCGGUGGAUGUGAAGAAGGCGGUGAGCAAGAGUGACAUGGGUCCAGGAGGCGGUCGAGGAGGUGGCCGUGGGGGCGGCGGCGGAGGCGGCCGCAACUGGGACAGAGGCGGCGGCGGUGACUCGUGGGUUGGACGCAGUGGAGGCGGUAAUGGCUACGGAGGCAGUCCUUGGGACACCCAGGCCACCGGAGGCGGCGGAUGGGGCGGCAACUCUGGUGGUGGCUACGGAGGCGGCGGUGGUGGAUAUGGAGGCGGUGGCUACGGAGGUGGCGGUGGUGGAUAUGGAGGAGGUGGUAACGACUAUCAGCAAGGGUACGGAGGCGGCGGCGGUGGCCCAAUGAGGAGUAGCUAUGGUGGAAACUCACGAAGCACACCCUACGGUGGUAGUGGUGGAGGAGGUGGUUACGGAGGCGGCUCUGGAGGUGGUGGUGGCUACGCAAGGCGCUAUUAGGUCGAGCAAUCAGCAAGUGAAGUGAAGUGAAAGGCAGGCAGGCAGGCAGGGACCCAGAACCCCAGGCACUCAGGUUUAGGCGUCGGAAAGGCUCCUAGUGAAACUCAGUUCAUGACUCAGUGUUCCUGAAUUCAGAUAAUCCUGCCGGUUUGAAACAUUUGGCCUGUUAAACAAUGCUAAUCGAAUAGGUGUCGUAACUGUAUAAGGACUAUAAACGCAUUACUAGUAAUUUCUCAUGUAUAGACCAUCCAUCUCCAGAUAGUUGAUUGAGUUUUUGUUUUCUCACAAGUGAAUCAGUAUCAUCGUUUUGAAGCCACACAAUGUUACAGUGUUAGUAACAUGCAAUCACAGUUUGACUGAACAGUCUGAUAUCACCGUAUUACAGCAAUGUUUGAAUUUCAAUCAAAUUUUUAUACUUCAUGUUAUAAUAUUUUCUCGCCUAGGUUAUUUGUACUUAUCUAUAGAGCGCCUUGAGCUAGAAUAUUUUAUUGGGCCUUUUUUAUGAUAUCGAUAUGAAGAAAAAUCUCAUGUAUUUGACAAUGGUGGACUCUUUAGGUUUGAUUUUAUUUGUGACUGAAUUGAAAAGUGAUUAUAGGAUUAUUUGUAUUGUAUGUUCCCUUGAUAAACAAUAUAACAUGAUUAUUUUCUGUUCAACUAUUCAAUUAUGAAAUAACCAUUUGAGUUAUAUUAUCCAUUGACAAGUCAAUUAUAUUUGAAUCGUUUUUCAGGAAUAAAUAGUAUUUUUUGUCUUAAUAAAAAA